AUGCGCCCCUCCGUUCUCUCCUUAUCGUUUAUCGUCGUGCUUUAUCUUCUGUGCGCCGAAGGAGUGGCGGCGGAUGAUGCCACGACGACGAAGACGCAAACAUUCGCAAGGUCUGAGCUUGACGUUGAGUUGCCGGUGUCGACUUCGCUGUCGAUUUUCAAACCCAAAGACUUUACGGCUGAGAAAUCGUAUCCGCUCGUAGUCUACUUGCACGGAUUUUGUCUCGGCGACGAUGCGCAGCAGUUGUAUUCGUUUACCGCUGCGCGUUCCUCGCCUGGUGGUGGAGGAGAGAGAAGGCAAACGCUGACGCAAAUUGGCGUGCGCGAGCGAAUCACUUCAGAUCAGUUUCUCUACAUGCCCUUGGACGCACCGCACAAGACGAGAACUUGCGCGUUGUGCAAUAUCGCUUCUGAUGCUAAUAAUUACCUCGCGGACCGUUUGACUUCUAAUUGGAUAAAUUCAACGAUGUCUCGAAUCGGACCAGAAUUUCAGUGCGCGGCUUGGAGCGGGAGCGACGCCUGUUGCAAUCUUGAACAGGCUGCUAAAAUGAAUGAAAAUAACGACGCGGAAUACAUCGUCGAUGCGAUCGAAAAGGUGAAAGCGGCGUAUCCAAACAUCGACGCGAGUCGCGUGUACGUCUUUGGGAUCGCUACUGGCGGAUUCAUGGCUUCUCGAUUAGCGUGCCAAAAACCUGAAUAUUUCGCCGGGAUCGCGUCAUUCGCUGGCGCUUCUUUCUACGACGAAUCCAAAUGCAAACCUACAAAGGCGACAAAUUUUCUCGGCGUGCACGGUACGGGCGAUACCGUAGUGCCAAUCGAAGGCGGAGUUAAUAUCGUCGGAACUAAAUUCCCGUCGUUUACCCGUUCGAUGUCGAUUCUCUCUUCAGCUUUCGGGUGCAAGAGCGAGCGUUUGGACGAGGAUAAAUUUACGCUCCCAACCGAGGCUACGCAAAGACGAGCUCCGAAAAAUGUAAACGUCGACGUGAUUACUUAUGAACAGUGCCGCGGAGAUGCCUCGCUUGAAAGUUGGACGAUCGAUGGAACCGAUCACUUCCUCGAAGAAAAGACGUCGCUCGAAUUGUUUUCUCGCAUCACAAAAUGGCUGUUAGCGCAACGCCAACUGGGAGAAUCUUCUUCUACGUCGUCGUCGUCGUCGUCGUCGCCGACGACAAAAAAAGAAAUGAAUACAGUUGAGAAACAGAAUAAGGACGAGGAUGCGACUGUUUCUCGCAUCGAAUUCGGCGCGGUAGAAGCGUAA